CUACUAGCUAGCUAGACUCCUGUACUAUUAUUGCUGAAGCUUGAUGAUCCUUCCUCUUUAGCGGGAUGUCAUUGUCAUCCAAAGUAAAACCCUAGCCCUACUGCACCAAAAGAUACCCAAGGCGUGGAACUCUUCCAAGAUCCAAGAUCCCUUUUCCGCUUUCUUCCUGUCACUCGUGGCUUUCGAUCAAGGAAGCCCUCAGAUAGAGAGUUGCUACAAGCAAGAGUACUAGCUAGCAAGUACUGCCAUGACGACACCAGGAGGGAAAGGAGGAGGAAAGCCCGAAGCAGCUUCGUCGCUGAUGGGGAUGUUUGAGCCUCCACCAGGAGCUGCGACUACUACUGACAAUGCGAAAGAAACAAGCAAGGCCAAAGCUCCCACGAGUACAUCUCCUACUACCGGCACUAGCAAGAGUGGUCCUUCAACUACUACUGCGGUGUCUCCAGCCUCCAAGGGAUCCCCAUCGGCUGCGUCUCCUCAAGCGCCUGCUCUACUGGGUAUGUUUGAACCUCCUACCCCAACCGCGGGGAACCAAGCCUCUCCCUCGGCCAUGGCGCCUACUACCGGGACUACAAAACCAACAGAAGCGUCUCUCAUGUCCAUGUUUGAACCACCAACUCCGGCACGGGUCACCAGUGUCGGCCAACCACAACAGCAGCAACAACAACAACCCAGUCCUCUGUCACCCGAAUCAUUUGCGCUCCAUGCCAACCAAAGAACUUCCUUGACAGCAACCGUGCGACAUGCCAACUCUCAGGAAAACGGAACUAAUCUACAUACUGAAAAUAGUACUCUAUUGCAAUCCAUCUUUGACCAGGAAGAAACCCCCAAAGUCCACGCCAAAAACAUGAUUGACUACAAUGCCGUCAGUGACAACAAUAAUCAAUUUGACAGCUUGCUGGUUGGGCCUUCCUCCUCCAACAAUCAUCAUCAAAGUGAGAUGCACUUUGUUCGCGUCAAAGAUUCCACAGACGAGGAAAUGCAAAAAUUCCUCUCCAAUGUCAACAAAGCCGAUGCAGCAAACAACAACAACAACAAGCAAUCCUGGAAAGAGUUCUUGGCCUACCAGUUUCAGCCCAGUACCUUUGCGGGUGCAUUCAUGUUUUUACUCUAUCACGUCGUCUUUUGCUUGGCCAAUGGCAGCGCCAUUAUUCGGCCUCAUGCCAACAAACCUAUCUUUGGAGAAAUGGCCAAACUCAGCGUGGUGGGCAUUUUUGCCGCAGCACCACUCUACAUUGCUCGAUUGGGCAAUGAUGUACCCGCCGUGUAUCCCUCGCUGGAUCUCUUUAUGGCGCCCUUUUUGGCAUCUGCGGCCGUCACGGUGGAUCAAUCGCUGGCCGAUGAUGGGAUUACUGGAGAGGACACCAAUGACGUGUUCUUUGCAACCUUUGCCGUUCUGGCUGCCCUGGGGAUGGGGUUGUCGGGGAUUUUGUUGUGGCUUGCGGCCAAAUUCAAAUUAGCCAGUUUGGGCACCUUUCUGCCCUAUUCCGUACUUUGUGGAUUCUUUUCUGCGGUUGGAGUCUUGAUGUGGGCAUUGGCCUUUUCGGUGGACACUACUGGGAAAACUUGGCAAUACGUCUUUUUUUCGGGUGAUACCGAUCUCAUUUUGACAUCCUUGAUGCAUCACAUUCCGUCAUUGAUGGUGGGGAUAUUGAUGAACUUGCUGGGGCCCAAGCAUCCAUUCUAUGUCAUCUUUUUGAUUAGUCUCACCAUACUGGGGUUCUAUACGACCAUGUGGAUAACGGGAACAACCUUGGAAGAAGCGCAGCAAAACCAAUGGUUUUGGAGUCAAGAGGAACUGAGUAUACAAGCUUCCGAUUCGGAUGAGGGAUUCCUCGCCUCAUGGGCGCCACCGCUUCCCUUUGGGCAUUUUGGAUCCAUGUUGGAAGGGCAGGUCAAUUACAAAGCUGUGUAUGCUGGACUGAAGGACAUGUUUGCCAUGGCCUUUUGUUACCUGUUACGUUCCUCAAUCCACGCCUCUGCGAUGAAAAAGAAUGUCGGCAACCUUGUAUGCAAAAAGCGGGUCAAAAAGAAGAAAAGCUCCGAAAGUGAGGAGGCAACCACUGCCAGCAAGCCUAAAAAGCGAGGACAUAAGAAGGACCCAUCUUAUGCACAAGCAACAAUGGAGGCACUCACUGAUAACGUUCGAAUGAUCAAUGAAAGUCUUGCGGAUACACGGAAUGCUAGCGGGACCCACUCGGUUCGAUUCGCCAGACCAUCCAAACUGAGCACAGGUCCAGGCCCGAAGCUGCAACAGGCACCAACAAAGGUCGACAAUAGCAAUGACGAACAGGAGAUAGCUCAAGAAUAUGAAUACAUUGAAAUUCGACCAAAGCCAUGUCGGAGGACUCUACAAGACAUAUUUGCGGAGUAUGGUUAUGCAUUGAUGGCUGUUGGCUUGUCUGGUGGCUUUGGCGUCUGUCCAGUGGUUGCCACGUCGAAUACGAUGUACGCCCUGGGUGCCGGCCACAGCUCGCCCCAAUAUCUGUCUGUACUGCUCUUGAUCAUUUUUUAUGUGACAGACUUUGAGCUGGUACGAUACAUCCCAAAGGCUUGCUUCUCAGCACUACUUGUGUUGGGGGCCGUGGAUACAUUCGUGGUAUGGUUCUUCCUAUCCUAUCGAAAGACCCAGGACCUCAUGGAGUGGCUGGUGGUCCCGUUCAUUGUGGCAUUCUCCCUUGUGGUAGGAUUUCUAAAUGCGGUGUUCCUUGGUGUUGGUAUUUCGACCUUUGUCUUUGUGGCCGCUUUCUUCAGAGUUGGAGUUGUCAAGUUCAACGCUACCGGACUUGAAAUUCGGUCUACCAUUGAAAGGAGCCAAACAAUCUCGAAAUGGUUGGAUACCCACGGCGACUACAUACAAGUGCUGGUGCUACAAAACUUUCUGUUCUUUGGAAAUGCCAGCUCGAUAUUAAACUACAUCUCGACAAUGUUCGAGGAGGAUUACGAUGGAUCGGUAGUCUCAAGCUUUGACCUGCCGCCUGUUCCCAAGGUACUCAUUAUUGAUAUGUCUCUCAACACCGGCAUGGAUACCUCCACGCUAGACAUUUUUGCAGAGAUCACAGAGUUGUGCAAAACCAACAAUUGCAAGGUGUUCCUCUGUGGGCUGUCCAGUCGAGCAAAGAAAGGGUUGGGCUUGACAGGUGUCAAACCUGAUACAAGCAUCGCAAAAGACGAGCGUCUCGUCCGUUUCUUCUCGGAUCUCGACACUGCGCUGGGAAAGGCUGAAGAUCUGAUUUCCCUCGGAAUGAUCGAGAAGAAGGACGACACCUACAUUGCACGGUCGUUACGACUUCCGAGAAGUGGGUUUCAAACUGCGUUGAAGCACAUUGACGAGCAGCAUGGCCAGGAGUUCUCCAAAGCUUUAUUGGAGCUUGAACAGUUUGCUGUGGCUUUGGAGCUUCAACCUGGGGAGCCACUAUUCGCCAGCGAUGGAGGACGGAUUGAAGACAGUGAGCGCGGUCUAGUCUUUGUCGAGUCAGGACAGCUACGAAUCGAGAAGGACGCCAAUGAAACCCUCACUAGAGGCCACAGUAUCACAACUCGAAAUCGAAGCUUUGGAACUUUCAACAAUUUGCAUGCUCGAUCUGGCACGUUAGGGCGACAACGUGCUGCGCUCAAAGCAUCCACUAGAGAACCAAUGACACGAACGUUCCGUCUUGCACGUAUCGGACCUGGAUGGGUCGUUGGCAAUGUUGAACGUGCCUCUGGCUUGAAGCAUGGAGGAGUGUGUUCAGCGGUCACCUAUUGCCAACUGCAUCACUUGUCGUUUCAAAAGCUGGAAAUGCUUGAGAGGGAGAACCCAAGAUUGAUUCUAGCCCUCUACAAGAUGCUAUCUCAUCUGAUGGUAAGACGGCAAGAGAUCACAAUUGAGCAGCUUGCAACAUUUCACUCCAUCAUGAGUGCUCCAGCCCACUCAAAGCCGCUAAGUAGAACUGCAAUGAUGGCAUUAAGGCGUUGAUAAUUAUGCGUAUGGUAGGGCCUGAUAAUGGUAUAUACAUGUAGAAUAUUUCCUGCUAGUAGUCCUGUUAGGCUUAGACGAUAAGAUGUUGGAUCCUAGACAGCACAGGCCCAGCCAAACCUGAUAAAUUGCCAACCCAACAUGCUAGCGAGUAGGCUCUUCUGUGGCUAACACUGAUCAAAUGCUGGGUUACAGUACAGGUUGGGUCGAGCUUCCACUGCACCAUCAACACUAGUCAGGACUUCAAUGUUGAUUUCAGUGAAAGGAACACCACUGUCAAGAGAAUACAACACUGUCUGAUUUGGUGCUGUCACUGAAAACCAUCCAGAGUACAUGAAACCAUCACCAUACCAAUCUAAGAGAGCCAAGUUGUAAGUUGCGUUGGGGAAGACCUCAAGAGUGAAUGAGUAAACAUACUCUUGCACUUGAAAAACACCACCAUCAAGGUCCUCCCAAACAUCCUCCUCACUACUUUCGCGCUGCCAGAUCCAUUCCAUAUCUUCAGGCCACCAGUCUGUAUGGACAUUCAACAUGAUUGCUGUUGCAUUCUCAUAACCAGCCGGAAAUCUGCCUGGCCAGGCAGGAAGCUCUUCCAAAUAGACACAACUUGAAACUAAGGUCAUGUUUGUGGAGCAGUCACAGGAGAGCACUGGACAAAGUUGCUCUUGAACAAUCCCAGAAAAGUUGUUCCCAUCAAGGCUCAGCACCACUGAUGCAUUGAAUUCAGGUGGUAUUGUCGUUGUCAUUCAGAUAGAGCUUUUCCAAAGAUUCCAUGGCAGCUACCUCGAUUGGGAUAGUACCAGAGAACUGAUUCUUUUCUAAUAGAACCCACGCAGCAUCCAAGUACCCAAUCUCCCUUGGCAAAGUUCCAGUGAAUAUAUUGUCAGAGAGAUGGAGUUGUUCCAUGUUUGUCAACUGCCACAGCUCCGAUGGAAGUGUGCCGGAAAGGUUGCACCGAUCCAACCACAGCUUUUCCAUUUGUGUCAACAUGCCUAGCUCACUUGGUACUGGACCAGUGAAAUCAUUGAAAAAGAAGGUGAUGAAAGUAGAGGCAGUCAGCAAGCCAAGCUCUGAUGGGAGUGCACCCGAAAGUUGAUUAUCCGGCAGCAUCAAUCUCUCUAGUCCACUCAGAUCUCCCAGCUCGGAUAUGAUUGCCCCAGUUAAGUAAUUGCCCGCCAAAAACAGCUCAACCAGAGAAGGAAGGAGUGCAAGUUCAGUCAUGAUUGUGCCAGUGAGAAAAUUGAAUUCGAGACUCAAGGAGGUCAAAGCUGUCAAGCAACCAAGCUCAGAAGGGAGUGCUCCUGUGAAAUGAUUGUUCCCCAAUUCCAAGAAUGUCAAACCUGUUAGAUCAUAGACUGAAGGAGAAAGAAGGGCGGAUAAUGUCAUAUUAAGAUCAUUCCAUGCAAUCCCCAAUGUUUGCAGUGAAGUCAACAGUGGCAUCUCAGGUGGAAAAGAAGGUGACAACCCUGAUAGCUCAAGAUCUUUUAGCAGGAGGGAUGUGAAUCUCCCUUGUUCGUCACAGGGAGCCUUCCACUUUUCACUGUCUUCCUCUUCCUCUUCAUACACGCCAUUUUCGAAAUAACCAACACCACUGGAGAACCAAAGACAUUCAUCUACCAUGUCAUCCAUCCACCUAUCCCUCACUGGUUUUGGCCAAUGCACUCCCUCAAAGGAAUAGUAGUAGGUGGCCAUGGCAAAGAGCUGGGUUUUCCUCCAUUCUAGCAAGUUGGUGAUGUUUUGGUGAUUGGAGAGCCAGUCUCAUGCCAGCCACUGAGGUGUGCCGUAUUCUUGAAGCCUCUCCAGUGUGAAGUUUGGUAGAUUCAGUCUUAUGGAAUCCAAGGCUCCAGUGGGUGAAGAGGAUGGCACUUCAGAAGGUCCCAAGGAACCACCGAUAGUAGGAGCAGAUGUUUGCAUGUUGGAAGAAUUUGCCUCCUUCUGUGUCCCAGCAACAGUUCCAACAAUUGCUGCAGCGACUAGCAGGAUUAAAACUAAGAUAGAGCCGAAGGUCUUUUGCUGUUUCUUCCGUUGUUGCUCUCUGUGCAGGAUUGCUUGGAGAUCGACAGGGUUUGCUGAUGGUCUUGUAUUCUGCUCUGGAUCUUUGUCAACCAGGUUGGCCAAUGCUAGCUGUCUGGACCUGGCAUUGAUGUUGCGAGGAUCAUCUUGCGGAGCUGCAUCGGUAGGGUCGGCAACAAGAAGAGACAAUCUUGCCAAAUCCGCCCGACGUGGGAGGGCUCCACCCGGGCCACCUGCCAUGUAGGCCCCUGGCCAAGACUAGUUCUGGACUGUUCCAUUGUCAACAGUUUGUUGGUUUUGUUCUUCAGCAUGUACAUCCCCUGUUGUUGUCGGUUCUCUCUGCACCUUGGUGGCUCGUGAUGACCAGGAGCGUACCUGGUACCGGUACAUGCACCGAUGGCAAAGGAAGGGAACAAUCCAGCGGACUGGUUGCGAUGCAAACGAGGCAAGAACAAGCCAAGAAUGUACUCAGUGCUGGGUAUCUUACUGGGUCUUUUUGGUCUUACCACAUACAACAGUCAACCAGUUAGUGCAACCAUGGGAAACUCGGCUGCCAUUGAUUGAGAACAACGCCAUGCUAUUGCUACAAGCCGUAAAAGUGGCCGGAUCGACAUCACUAUUGUAGGUACUUCCAGUACUGCUUCAUAAUCAAUAAGAGACAACAAAUCAAGAGCAAUGGCGCUGAAACGAUUACUCGCUUUCGCGUUCAUCGCAGUGGCAUCUGCAGCCGAUGAUGCUUGCCUGUCGUCCCUCCGAAGCGGCGCGAAAACGUGCACGCCAGAGGAUGCAUGUCCCUGCCCUGAUACGGUGUGCUUUGGUGGCCUUUGUAUUUUGAAGGAUGAUGUGCCACCACCGGUUCAGUGUGGAUCAGUUCAAUGUGAGGAGGGUGUAGCCUGCUGUAAUGCCUCGUGCGGAACGUGUACCAAUGGAGCUUGUUCCAGACUGUUCUGCACAAUUAAUCCAAUCUCCACCAGAAAGAAGCAACCAGUUGUGGAAGCGAAGAAGAUUCUCUGUAGCAGCACAUCGGAUUGUCCCAUGGUGAAAUGCAGCCAAGCGCCAUGUCCAUUUUUCGUUUGCCAAAAUGGAGCAUGCAUCAGGGAAGAAAUUGAGGAGGAAAUAGAAGCAGAGGUAGAUUGUACGGACCACUUCGAGUGCGAAAACCAUGGCGCUCAAUGUAUCGCUGGACGGUGUAUUGAUAUUGAGGUUGGUCCUGCCAAAGAUGACUUGGAGUGUGAGAGCGACUUGAAUUGUCCACAGGUCAGGUGUGCCGCUGGAAGACCGUGCCCGACGUAUCAAUGCAAAGCUGGUCGAUGCAUUGCCCAUGACAUCAACACUCCUACCAGUCCACCUCCGUUUGUCAAGAGCUGCACCAACAAGUAUGAUUGCCCUGCGGUACGCUGUGCGGCAUCCAGCUCGUGUCCGGACUGGCAAUGCAUCAACGAUGUAUGCAUAGACACAAAAUCCAUGGAUCCAGAUGAUGACAUGACGAAUAAGACACUAGCUACUAGAUGAUGAUGAUGAUGAUGAUGUAAAGUAAUAGGACUAUCUAAUAACCGAUUUACAAACUGCUUU